UAAAGUUAUUACCAACGAUUUGAUUAAUACCGUGGUUAAUGCUACGCGCUCGUUAAUGUCUAAAAGAGUUUAUUGUUUAUAAAGAUGAUUACAAUGGAAGUAGUAGUGAUAGACAAAAUAAUUUAAAUACUUUAAUUACAAGUAUCGUUUGAUUUGUUCACUUUAAAUGAGAAAGGGUAGGUAGCAAAGAUGAGUUCCGGAUUUUCAAAAUUUUUUUCCAAGAAACGACAGAACGUUGGCGCUCCUGCGGAGAUAGGUUUGCCCACAAAUGUCCACCAUCAGUUCCAUGUGCGCAAGAACCAAGAAACGGGUCAGUUGGAAGGUCUUCCAGAGACAUGGAAAAGAUUUGUUAACACUCAAAUCAGCAAAGAAGAGCAGAAUGAAAAUCCAAAUGCUACGCUGCAUGCCAUCAAUUUCUAUAGUUACUCGAUGAAGAAGAAAAACCCUGAUGAUUUCAAGUUGUAUGUGAUGAAAAAAGAGAUAAAAGAAGAAGAAGAGGAGCUGGAAAACACUUCAUUGGGCUACAACAGUGUAGAGUUGUUGGAAGAUCCAUUAACUAAAUGUGAACCAGAACCAAGCAUUCAAAGCUGCGAAACUCCAUGCAGUGUUUUGGAAAAGAAGAAGAGUCCGCCUGUUCCACCGAAAAAAAACCGGCAGGUCGUCAAGGAUAAAACACAGGUGGUGGAUUCCAUGAAUGCUGCAUUGGAUGAGGCGUUGCACAAUUUAAAUUUGGAUGCCUCUUUUGGAGACUUGAAUAUUGCAACACCUGAGCUUGAGCCCUCUGAUGAUAGCCUAGUUCUCAGGAAGAAAGAGAGGCUCAAAGGAAAAAUGACUGAUGAAGAGGUGUUCUACGAGCUGAAGAAAAUUUGUCACCCUGGCGAUCCACUUAGAAGAUUUGAAAGGAAUAUGGAGUUGGGUGCUGGUGCAUCAGGAACAGUUUUUAUUGCAAAUGACUUGGAAAAGAAGAUGAAGGUGGCUGUGAAAGACAUAGACUUAACAAAGCAACCAAGAAAAGAACUAAUACUCACAGAGAUUCAAGUCAUGAAAGAAUUCAAUCAUAGAAAUCUAGUGAACUUUUUAGAUGCCUACUUGGUGAAUGAUCAUCUCUGGGUGAUAAUGGAACUUCUGGAAGGAGGGCCUUUGACAGAUGUGGUUACUGAAACGGUAAUGAAGGAAGGUCAGAUAGCAGCAGUGUGCAAGGAAGUUUUAAAGGCUAUCAAUUUCCUCCAUUCAAAGGGCAUCAUUCACCGUGAUAUUAAAUCAGACAAUGUGCUUCUAGGAAUGGAUGGAAAAGUUAAAGUUACUGAUUUUGGCUUUUGUGCCAACAUUACUGGUGAUGAAAAACGUCAGACCAUGGUGGGAACUCCAUACUGGAUGGCCCCAGAGGUGGUCACGCGUAAGCGUUACGGUAAGAAAGUGGACAUCUGGUCACUAGGCAUUAUGGCUAUUGAAAUGAUUGAAGGAGAGCCUCCGUAUUUGAAGGAAACACCCCUGCGUGCACUCUACCUCAUAGCUGCGAUAGGCAGGCCACAAAUUCCUCGUUGGAACACACUGUCAAGUCAGUUCCAGGACUUCUUGGAUAGCUGUCUACAAGUGGAUGUCGAACGAAGAGCGUCAGCAGAUCAGCUAUUGAACCAUCCGUUUUUAGAAAACUGUAUGGAUCUAACUACAUUGACACCGUUGAUACGUGCAGCUCAGAAGAUCCUCCAUAAAUGUGUUUAACAGCUCUUCAAUUUGUUGCUUAAACAUUUUUAAUAUCUAUACUGCAUUACAAUGACAUUGAGUGUGUUAGGAAUUUGCCAUCAACACUUGAGAAUGCAGAGGGUUACAGCUAUAAAAAAAUGUUUUAAAUUAAAUUAGUAAAAAAUUUUUUUAUUUUGUCAUUUAUAAAUUAGUUAUGAGUUUUGUAUCUUUAUAAAAAUUAAAAAAAAAGCAUAUGUUAAGUGUGGAUAAAGUAUUGUUAUUACUUUCAAAUUUUUCAACUGUUGUAUGUGUUGUCUAUUGAACUUUGUAUUCCUAUCAUUUAUCCACACUAACGUAAUGUUUUUGUUUCAAGACAAACAUGAUUUUGAUUUAUGAAAAAAUAUAGUUACUAUUUUAAUUUAUAAUGUUCACAGAUUUCAGAAUGAUUGCUUGGAAAGUAAACACGCAAGAAGUUUCCUUUAUAUUUUCAAAGGAACAAGUCAUGUAUUUAAAAGUACAGUAUAAUGUAAAAGGAUAUAAAUAUGUUCUAUGAGCAUUAUAUGGGACCAAAGAAAAGUAGUUUAAAACUGAGUAAAAUAUAAAAUGUUGUGAUGUACGGAAUGAAAUAAGGGCUCUUCUGUUUUUCAGACCAUGACUUCAUUUUGUUUUAGGGAUAAAAAUUUGAACUUAAUCUAGUAUAGUUAAAAUUGUUAUGAUUACACUUGUUGCAAGUAUUAUAUUAUGUUAUUUUUAUUUUCUUCAAAACUAUUAGUAUAACCAUUGUGGUAAAUUAUUGAACUGAGAAAUUGCCUAAACAAAAUCCCCCUGCUCAAAAUACUUACACAAUUUAAGAUUUUGUUGUUAUAUGUGCAAUGGUGCCUACUAUUUUUUUCAUAUACCUAACUAUAAAACAAAUAUAUUUUGUAUAAUCCUUUUACUUUUCAAAACUUUUGGUCUACUUCCCUAUGAGGUUUUAUGUACUCCCAGACAAAAAAUAACUUGUUUAGCUUUGGGUUUUGUUCCUAAUUAUGUUUGUCUGUUUUUGAAAAUUGGAUGUAGAGAUAUUUUUCCCUUCAUACUGUGUUAUUUUUGUGAGCGUUUCAUAGCAGUGGACCUGCAUUUUUAACGCUUUACAAUUUCAAGUGUAAUAAAACUGCAGACAUAUAUGUACAAUACAAAGAGAAAAAUCAUUUUUAUACAGUGCAAAAAAAAUUUUAUCUCUAUUUAAUUAUACAUUUAGCAUGUAAAAUAAUUAUGUCUUCCAGUUUCUUGUGCAAUUAAAAUAGAGAAACAUCACAAUUUUUAUCAUGUAUGUUUGAAUUGUGAGUGUUACAUAUUAAUAUUUUUGUAAAUGAAAUACAUCUGUCAAUAGUUAAAUUUUUUCAUGGAAUAUUUUUUACGAUAGUAAGUGUAAUAAAAUUGGCCAUUUUAAAAUGA